AUGAAGCGUCGCUUCGCUGCUUGCCACGUUCAGCUUGGCGACGCCGGCAAGGUCGCCAAGCGCGGCGACGUUGCCAGCGUCGACGGCGAGGCCGAGUUAGUGGCAACCGUUCGCCCGUGGGGAAGCGCGACGUGGACCUUCGAAGACACCUCGUUGGAGACCCAGCUGUGGCAAGUGCAGAUCUGCCACUCGGGCAAGAACGCGUUUGGCUACCAACUGUUGGCCAUGACCCGAAGCGCCUUGCAGCAGGAAGGCACAGGGCUGCAAGCGAGCGACCUCAAAAGCUUGGAAGCCCAGGAGAAGGUGAAGAUCCUGAACGGCGCCCCUGCCCAAAUGGGGCCAUCGGACCCUGACAAGGUCGGCCUCGAGCCUUGGCAGGUUGUUCUGUACGCGGCCGGCGAGAACGCCAACGCCGCGCUGCGCGUGGUGGAGCUGGUGUUGAAGUUCAAAGUGAGCAAGGGGCUGUUGACGUCCCUUCCCGCGUUGAGCGCUGUCUUCCCAGUCGAUGGGUUUGACUGGCCAGACUUGCCUGCGGGCUGGGCGCGAAAGAGCACUUCAGAAGUCGAGUGCUUGAAGCCGUUCGGCGCGCUUCCUCCUAGGGGCAGACGCCAUGUCUUGUGUCAGUUGGAGAAGAAAGAAGCAGAAGAUUCGCAGAGCGCGGAAGACAAAUACGAUUUCACCUUCUUCGGAAACAUCUACAACUUCCGCGACGUGUUUGAGGCCAAGGGCGUUCAAGGCGGAUAUGUGCCGUUAGAAGAUGGAAACGGCGGCCGCGAGUACGUGCGGCUCUUGCGAGUGUCUGACACCGAAGAGUGUCGGGCUCAGAUCAAGACCGUCCUGGAGGACGUGCUGCGCGGCGCCCCCGUGUACUUCAUUGAUGCGACGAACGAGAGCGACAACGUCUUGGUCCAAUGGCUUCUGCAGCAGCCGUCUGUGCAUCUUGGCGAGAAUGCGGCAGAAUAA